CUCUCCAUAGCUCCUUCCUUCCUUCUUUCUAAUCCUUCCUUCCUUCUUCCCUCCAUACCUCCUUCCUUCCCCCACCAGCCCACCCAGGAGCCCCGAGUCCCGCAGUGGCCGCCGGGCGCUUUCCCUCCGCAACCUUCGGAUCUUGCGGCAAGGGCGGGCGAUGGCUGGGCGGGGGCGAAGGCGGCCGGAGGGGCCGGUCCUGCCUUGAACGGGGGGUGGGGGUCUCUUCUCCCCGCCCAGAGACGCCCCUACCCGGCCAUGAUCCGCCGGGGCUCCCGCAGCCUCCUCCGGCUCCCGCAGCGGGUCCUGGCCGCGGGCACCGUCGGGGCGCAUUCGGCGGCUGCCCCUCCGUCCCGGCCGCUGCGGGUGCUGGUGGACAUGGACGGGGUGCUGGCCGACUUCGAGGGGGGGUUCCUGAAGAAGUACCGCGCCCGCUACCCGGACCUGCCCUACAUCACGCUGGACGAGCGGCGCGGCUUCUGGGUCUCGGAGCAAUACGGGAAGCUCCGGCCCGAACUGAGCGAAAAGGCUAUCAGUAUUUGGGAAUCCAAGGACUUUUUCAUGGAGCUCGACCCCCUGCCAGGGGCUGUGGAGGCCGUGAAGGAGAUGGCAGGAUUAGAAGGGACUGAAGUCUUCAUAUGCACGAGUCCCAUCAAGAAGUAUCGCUAUUGCGCAUACGAAAAGUUCGCUUGGAUAGAGAAGCAUUUCGGACACGAAUUUUUGGAGCACUUGAUUCUCACCCGGGAUAAGACGAUCGUCUCUGGACACAUGUUGAUUGAUGACCGGCCUGAUAUCGUAGGAGCUGAACGGUCUCCCACCUGGGAACACGUGCUUUUCACCGCCUGCCACAACAAGCAUCUGCAACUCCCGUCUUCUUGCCACCGGUUGCACUCGUGGGCUGAUGACUGGAAGGCCAUCUUGGAGAGCAAGCGGGCUUGCUAAAGCUUGGAGAGUUCUCAGCAAGGCCAACAAAGAGCAGGUUGGUUGCCUGAAGGCUAUCUUCUUGAGUUUACUGGCUGGAAGAG